GUGACAUCCUUCAACGGAUGUUUUGGGUCUCAAAGUGGGUCAGAAUUCAACCCUUUGGUAGAACAACAGACGAAUGCUGGAUUUUGAGAGUUUGCUCAUUAGAGAUUGUGCGCAAUCUCUUGCUGGUGAGCUCCAUAAUGCUAGUUGGUCUGGCUCAAGCUGCUUGUUCGUGACAUUUUGCUGUAGAUCCUUGGAAAGCAUGGCUCCUGCAAAGGCAAUGAAGGCUACCAAGGCCAAGAAGGUUGCUAUGAAGGCCAUGAAGGGUCAGAAGGUGAUGUCCAAGGGAGGUCUUGCCACUGAGUUGGCCAACGCCACCGAGAUGAAGAAGAGUCAGAUCACCAGCAUUUUGAACUCUUUGGCCGAGAUUGGUGCAGGGGAGGUGAAGAAGACUGGCAAGUUCACUCUUCCAGGGCUCUGCAUGAUCAAGACUCGCCAGAAGAAGGCCACCAAGGCAGGCAAGAAGAUGAUGUUCGGCCAGGAAGUGAUGGUGAAGGCACAGCCUGCGAAGACCGUGGUGAAGGCAUUUCCGGUGGCAGCUCUGAAAAGCCAGAUCUGAAGCCAUGGUUCUUUAGGCC